AUGUCGGUACUCAUUGCUCGCCGUCCGGUGAAAAUGAAAGAUGAAUUUGUUUGUUUCUUUCCACUUCUCUCUUUCCACCUAUCUCUCUCUCUUUCCACCACUCUCUCUUUCCACCUAUCACUCUCUCUUUCCACCACUCUCUCUUUCCACUUCUCUCUUUCCACCUCUCUCUAUCUUUCCACUUCUCUCUUUCCACCUCUCUCUAUCUUUCCACCACUCUCUCUUUCCACUUCUCUCUUUCCACCUCUCUCUAUCUUUCCACUUCUCUCUUUCCACCUCUCUCUAUCUUUCCACCACUCUCUCUUUCCACUUCUCUCUUUCCACCUCUCUCUAUCUUUCCACUUCUCUCUCUUUCCACCUCUGAGAUUUCGUCCCCUCUUUCUCCACCCCCACCCCCCUUUUUCACUCCUCUGUUGUUUUUUCUCUGCGGCACAACCUUUCUUUGCCUUCCACAAACAAAGAGAUAAUAGGCGUGCCGAAUAUUAUGACCACGCCUACUUCAUUUUCCGACAGGUCAGGUCCGCCCUGUCUUUCACUGUAACCGGUCGGAGACAUGUCAUGUUCGGUUGGGCUACGUCUAAGCUGUUUGAUUUUUUUUGCUCCUUUCUUCCACACCACUCUCUCUCUCUCUCUCUCUCUCUUUCUUCUUUUCCUCUUUCUUUCAUCCUCUGCCUCUUUCAUUCUCUGUCUGUCUCUCUUUUCUUUUCUCUUUCCACUUCUCUUUUCUUCUACCUCUCUCGUUCUUUAUUUUUUUCUAUUAAGUAA